AUGAAUAUUAUGCUGAUUCGAAAUCACAUCCUUCAUUUGAUAUCAUUUUUCACUAGCGCCUUUAUUAUGGAUCGAGAUACAGUCGAUUUCAUGGCUAUCAAGAUGGCAAUUUUCUUGGCUUCGCAUAUUAUUAUGGAGUUUUUCAAAAUGAUGUUGGUAGAGUACAGCGGCGCGUCGGAAGAGGAUAACGUGAAGACGCAAGAUGUAUCGAAGACAAAGGAGGGAGAUGUUGACGGAGAAGUAUCAUAUGCGAAGGAUGUAAAAGCAGGUGAAGAAUUUGCGACGGAUAAGAGCGUGGAAGCAGAUAGGGAAGGCGCUGUCAAAACAUAG